AAUGUCAAAAUUUUUAAAGAGGUUAUGUAUACAAAAUUUGAAAACGUAAUUUCAAGAAAUACCCGGUAUAUAAAUACCUUAAUUUAAUAUCCAUUAAAAUAUGACAAUAGCUUCUAAAUUACAAUUAACAUUAGCCAUAAUUAAGCCACAUAUAGUCAAAAAUCCUAUAUCAUCACAAAAAAUUAGAGAAAUAAUUAUAUCUAGCAAUUUUAAAAUUGUGAAAUCCAGAAGAAAAAUUAUAUCCUUAGAAGAAGCCAAUACAUUUUAUGGUGAGCACAAGGAAAAGUUCUUUUACAAGAGGUUAGUAAGUUUUAUGACUAGUGGACCUAGUGACAUUAUGAUCCUAGCUAAGGAAAAUGCAAUAAAAGACUGGAGACAACUAAUGGGUCCAACGAAAGUGUUUAAAGCACAAUUUGAAGCUCCUGAAAGUAUAAGGGGCCAGUUUGGUUUGUCAGAUACAAGAAAUGCCAGCCAUGGAUCUGAUUCUGAGGAAUCUGCAAGGAGGGAGAUUGGAAUAUUUUUUCCAAGUUUUGAUUUCGAUAAGUGGUAUCAAGAAGAUGAACCCCUAUUUAGAUCUAAUAAGGCUGAUUUAUGUUUAGAACAAUUUUUACAUUUGCCAGUUACACGAUAUUACAGGUAACGCAACAAGAAUGCAUGGUGUUCUGCGCAAAAUGCUCAUUUGCAUUGAUUGCAAUGAAGUGACAUCAUUUUUCUUUUUUUGGAGGGACAGAUGUAGCAUGUAGUACUUUUGUUAGAAGGUUGCUUGAUGUCAAUAACUUCGGCAAAGGAAUUUUAACUAAAUCGCUAUUUAGAAGCUUCACUGAGCAUUGCAAAGUUGACAUCGCAAAACGCUAGGCAUAAAAACAUAAGUAAAGUCGAUACUAGACUUUCUUUAGUAGAGAACAUAUUAUUAUUUGAGCAUAGCAGUUUAGGACUGCUAGCAGUGAUUUCUUCACCAGAAAAUUCUGGGUCAUACUCUAAUUCAGUCGGGCUGAAAUCAUUUGCAUUAUGUCUUCACUUUCUGAAUUACUAGAAGUUUCGUCAUUUCGUCGUAGUCGUAGAACAAUGACGGUUGUGUAAUUCAAUGACUUUACAGUAUAAUCGUUUGAAGUUGUUGGAUGGGAUUUCACGUCAUAUUUGUAAAACAGUUAAUCCGAUCAGCUUUAAAUUUAGGAAUGUUGUAAUGAUUAUAGACCUUUUUAAUAUAAUAUACAGAAUAUAUUCCUAAUAUAUAUAUUUUACGUAAAAAGUCACAAGCAUCGUUGUUCUGUGGAUGCUACAGUGUCGUAUCUUAUAAUACAACGUUAUUGUACGGGUCAUUUUUCUGUAAUACCUGACGUAAAGUAGCUUCCGUCUAUGUUUUACGAAAUAUUUAUGAAACUUUACUAACGGAUUUCAAAUUAAUGACUAAGAAACAAACAGAAUUUUAGAAAAUAUUGUAUUAAGAAGGAACACAACAAAGUUUUAAACAACAAAAUAACAAAAUUCUUAAUCAAACUUAAAUCUAGAGAUGGUACAGAAUAGCAUUUUUCGGUAAUAGGUUGGAACUGAACCUAUUCCAAGCAAAUACCUAUUCCAGAAACCUAAUGCGAGUUUAUGAUUCCGACGUGAAAAGACAAUAUAUGGAUCGCCCUAGCUCGUUCCUAAUAGUUGUGCUGCUAUUGUCUUCCGCUGCCCCAAAUUCAAACGAUCAAACUAAUGGGCACCUAUAAUUUUGUAUUUUUAAUCUAGCUAGAGGAUGUAUGUAAUUUGAUUUUUAAAUAUAUUUAUAUUUUUUACCAUGUUUUUCCUACAAUUCGUAAAUCUAUAUUAUAACACCUAUUAAAACAAAUUUUUCUUACAUGUAAUUAUGGGUUUUUAAAUUACCUAAAGUCGAGGUUUAUUCAGAAUUCGUUUAUGCAAAUGGAAAAUGAAGACACUAAUUUACUACAAAAGAUAGGAUCGAUUAGAUUAUAGUCAAAUAAAUAAAAACAUAAUGCGGUAGAGUCCAAAUUUUAACAGUUUUAAAUGACAACUAUCUGUUACAGCCGUAUCGACCUGAAAUCCUUUUAAACCCAUCACAGAUGUGAGAUUUUGGAAUCGAAACAGUCAACAGACGCCGCCGAUGCGUUUCUCUAUGGUACUAUUCCGAGAGAUCAAAUCUCUCGGAAAAGGAAAGUGUACCUACUCAACUACGGUCAGCGCUGGAAUCGAGACCGAUGCCAUCAAAGUUUUGUCACUUGUAAUACGUGGAAUAGUCGAACCGAACAUAUUCCGACGUACCCGCUCCAGUUCCAUCAUACCAACCCUUAACCGAAACGAACGUCACCGAUGCAUUCCCUACUAACUAACCCUACGGUUGUGCUGCAGCGACCUAUUCCGAGCGAGAAUCCAGUUUGAGUUUACUGUAAAUUGCAGAUUGCGGUCGAUGCGGCGCCCUUGGAAUCGAAACCGAUGCCGUUGACUUUUUGUCACUGGUGCGUGGAAUAGGCGAUCGGAACCUAUUCCGAGGUACCUGCUCCAGUUCCAUCAUGCCAUCUCUACUUAAAUCAUACAUAGUAUUUUAAUUACUCAACACCUUAUAAUACUAAACCGAAAUUCUUCGAAAAAUACAUUAGAGAUCAAUGUUUUCAGUCAAAAGAUUUGUACACUUAUUUGAAAGGUAAAAAAUAUUAACACCUAAUAAUUAUUCAGAGUCAUGAUCGGUAUCAUUAUUUAAAGAUGUAGAACCGUGCGGCAAACUGUUGUUGUCAUACUUGGAAGGUAUUAUCCCCUUAUCGCAUAAAUCAAUUAGGUCCUUAAAUUUGUCACUUGUGAUGGUGACUGGCUCACGAUAAGCAUUUCUAAGAGGAUCUUCUCCACGGUUCCUUGUCUCUUUGCGUACUAUCAAAGUCUUAGCAUCUUCAUUUAAGUCAUACUUGUAUUGUAUUUUAUAAGGCUGGCUGUUCUGUAUAACUACCUCUUUGAUUUUUGUCCAUUUCAUUUUUUCAUUUGCUGUAUUUUUGAAUUUUUGUUUGUCAAUAAGUGUUUAAAAUCAUAAAUAUGUUUACCAGUAACAUCUAUUACUUUGUAUGGAUUGUCAGCUUUCGCCCACCUAAUUAGUAGUUUCCACUCUUCUGGAGUAUAAAUAAGCUUGUGUUCCCCAGCUCUUUCGAUAACUGAGUGCACAGAGUCACCCUCAUUUUGGGUAUGGCCCUUUUCGAGAAAACGGUGUGUUAUGGUGACCCCAAAUUCCUUAGUUAUUUUGGCCAGCACAGUUAUCUGACCAAAAUCUAAAAUCUUUAACACCUUUGUUAGAAAAUUCUCUCAUGAAAUUAUAGAGACAACUAGCUACUUCAUUCGUACCACGCUUCGCAACACUCUCAUCCCACACGUAACAGUAGCCUUCUUUGGCCGCCAUGUCAUAAACUGUAAAAUUAUAACAAGACAAUUUACGUUUGUAGUAAAGUAUACUCAUUUGACCAUGUGGACAAGUUAAGACCUUUUGAAAGUCGAAUGUUGCGCAUAUGAUCGAACCAUUUGACUGGAUAGCUUCUGUUUUGUCAGAUUUCUUUAGCUGUCUGGCUAUAGUUUUGUUUGUUUGAUGCUUUUCAUAAUCUGCUUUCAGUUCAUUGGAAGGAUUUUUGGUAUGUUUAAAAAUAUGACACUGAUCACACGUAUCUUUUUUCGUUAUGUGAAAGCUCAGAUUAAACUGACUGUUUACAAUAUCUCGAUACUGUCGAAGAGUUACAGCUUUGCUCGAAUAUUUCUCUAAAUCGGGCCACUCCUUAUACAUUUUAAACAUUCGAGCGACACUUAGACUGCCAUCUAAAUACAACCUUUUUGACGAUUUUCUGCAGUAGUGUGACUCGACUGGUACAAAAGAGUUCACGUCACCGAUAAUACCAUAUUAUCACUGAUUAUUUUUCUGUGAUUACUAUGUCUCCCUCUCUUAUCUCCUUCGACAGCUGUGGUCCUGUCAUACUUAUUCCAUGCUGUUCUUGUGAGCCGUUCACUGAUGCCUAAGGUAUUUAAGAACAUUAUUUUGCAUACUGUAAUUUUAUUGUGAGUGGCGUUGUCAUUAUCUUGUUUUGGUAAAAAAUAUUUGUAGGUGUAUUCUCUGUUAUGUUUUAACUCUCGUCGAAAUGUUCUGCUUUUGUUUUGUUUUUUGGUGUAAUUUGCAACGUGUAACCAUUGUUUUUCUCUGCUACCAAGUUUCCAAAAUCUAUCAAAAAUGUCAGUUCUUUCUUCUUUUGAAAUUUUUGAAGCACAUUUCGAUCUGCAACUGCAUGGGGGCCUCAUUGUUUUUGCUUCAACAGUGCGCCCUCUCUUGGAACAAUACCUUUUGCCUUGGUUUUUUAGUUGUUUCCUCUUUACAUCCCCCCAAUCUUCAUGGUUUCGAAGCCUUUUUUUCCCCCUGUUUAUAAUCAAUUUAGUGGAUACAGGAUUCCCUGAUGAACAGGCAAAGUCAUCAGAUUCGUGUUGGCAGCAAAACGGAUCAUCGCAUUUUGCAUGUCUGUUGACUGGGUAUGGAACUGGAGUAUUCGGUACAACCGACUGACUAGACUCAUCAAUAUUUUGGGUGGUAGGCGCAGGUGAGUAUUGAUCAGAUAAAUCAAUGGGAGUCAACGGCAUCGAAGAGUUAUUAUUCUGUUGAUGCUGAGAAAUAACUGAUUGCGGGCAAUCACUUACACUUACGGAUGUCAUUACGUCUGUAUGCAUAUCAGCAUCUUCAUGAAUAGAGUCAGUUACAUGAAUAAUAUCUGUUGUAAAUGUCUUGUCUGGGUGAUUUGUAACUGUAGUUGAUCCAAAAACCUCAUUCUGCUCAUCAUUGUCUGAAAAUACAUAAUUCCAUACGUCGCGCAUUUCCUCACAAGAUACUAACGAAUCUGCUUCUAAAGGUAAUGGCGAGGACCGAUGUUCUCCUGCAACAAAAAACUAAAAUAAAUACAUACUUAUAUGAUCAAAAACAAUAAAGAUUAUAGUAAGAAAACUUUUAAUUAUAAUUAUUAAAUUUAAAUUACUUUCACCAUUAAACAAUGACGUAAACGAAAAUCUAUCCGAAGAAUAACAUCGGUACUGUUCAUCGGACUGGUACAAAUCCGUAAAAAAAUGACGGUUCGUACCAUACGCCCACGUUAAGUACGUAGAACAAUGCCUUAUUUUAGUUUUCGUCGCCAACGAAGAGUGUUAUGAUUACGGUACAAGCUAUUAACUACUGAGUACAGUAACUGUACUUCAAAAGUUUAGACAUUAAAAGCAGAGCAUAGAAAACUAACUAUUUUAUUCGUCAGAGUACAACGACGGAUGUGGCAUACCAUCGUUGUAUACUGGAUUCGUCAUUAAAAUAUAAAACAACACGUAAAAUUAAAAAUAUUUGCUUAAUAAAUAACAUAAACUUACCUGAUACACUAGACAGAUGUUCUUCUGUUUCAUGUACGUUUGUUUCAUUUAUAAACAGGCUUGUUUUCUGACUAUUCGCAUUUGAAGGAUCUUCGUUAUUGUUUUCUACUAAGGCUAAUAUUUGUUUCGACCUUUGUGACGCCAUAAUUAACUUAACUUUAUCUAUACAUUACACAAACAAACACCAUACUCAAUUUGAAACGAUAUUUUAAAAUAAAUACACAAUCGUAAAGAAUGAUGUGUGACUAUGCCUAGAACAAAGUCGCUACUAAUCAUCCGACGCGCGUAAGAGGACUGCUGACGGUAGAGGUCAGCGCGGAAUAGAGACGACAUUAUUCACACGACAUUUUUCUCCGUUCAAAAUUCAAAACCGUCAGUAUUCCAACGGUUUAUCUCGAUUAUUUUUUAUACGAAUUGAAAAAAAAUGGACAGUCAAUAAAGCAUGGCAUUUAACACAAGUUUAUGUUAAAAACUAAAAUUUACAAAAAAUCAGAACCGUCGUUGUUCUACGACUACGACGAUUUGAUUGUAGUCUCUCAUCAUCAAAUUCACCUAUCAAAACUUGUUUGGCCUCCAAUUCCAAUUUUAUUGGGGUUAAGAGCUUUUUAUCAUCUAAUUUUCUAGCUAUUUUUUAAUUAAAUUGUCUGUUAAUGAGAAAAGAAAAUAAUAAUAAAAAAAACUUACAUUAACAUUAACCUGUCAUAAAAAUAUGAAGCAUCUGAGGUCUUGCAGGUAACGACUGCAUAGAAAAAGGCAACUACACUGUGAAUGUACUUGGCACUGCCGAGUACAUUCACUGGCUGCCGGGUGAGCAGAUUGAUUGCUGAAGCUACUCAAAUAUCUGUUCUUCUAGAGUUCAUGUAAAGUUGCCAAUUCUUAAAAAAAUAAUCAGUGUUCGUAAAUUUUACAAAUGGUUAGUGUUAUAAGGUUAAUGUAUGCGAUGUAGGUAUAUGUUUUUAAUGUUGAGUAUACUGAAAAUACCAGUGUUAGAAUAAUUAUUGUGAUCUGUAAUACCAAAAAUAGUUGCAUUUAGGAAGAUAUUUAUGUUCAUUGUUUUCAUGCUAGUCCUGUAUUGUUUUAUUUUUAGGAUAAAAAUAUAUGUUUGUUAACUUUUAAGAUCAUAAAAUGAAUUAUAAAUAAAUUUUACAAAAUAGAA